ACUAGUAUUGAGGGUAAAUGGACAGCUAAUAGCAAAAAUAUUACUCAAUCUUGGCUUAAAGAAGUGUUAAAACCUCAACAAACACUUAUAAAGAACAUCAAUAAUUUGUUGACAAAUUAUAUCGAAGCACUAGGAAAUAUAAAAUUACGUGCAGGUCUUGAAAUAGCCAUGGAGAUUUCGCAACAGGGCAAUGGUUAUCUGCAGGAAUCAAAACUCGAUAAUACUUUCCUGAGAAAUGCGCUUCGUUCUCAAUUAAGUGCACCACUGAGGAAUAUUCCUGAUACGUUUACAAUGGAUAUUGAAGCUGGCUACCAAAUCGGCAAAGCCGAAUAUCUUUUCAAGAGGAUUGAUGAAAAAAUUUGCUG